GAUUAGGUAAAACACAACAGUCAGCUUACAAUGGAGGAAGAGGAAGAUGAGAGAAAAAACCGUCGACCAAAUCUGGCGGCUUUUAGCUCAUUGAAUGCCCGCGUGGUGCAUUCCUCUUUGGAGGAGGGCUAUGUACGACAACAGGCCUCUUCAGAGUCGGCAGACGCGAACACUUGCUCGAGUAUUUCAACAGCACAAUACAGCGACCGAAGUUUUAUAUCUAAAACGAGCACGUUUUCGCGUAGCGGCACUUCGAGCUCGAGCCAAGAGGAGUGCGAAGUGGCGCAGGCGACGGUAACGACCGGUCAAUUUCUGGCAGCUGCAAGAGUCGAAACCGCUCGAUCAAUGGAGAGUCUCCGUCCAAGUAAAGACACCUCCCCGGCGCGUCCGGCCAGCUCGUGCACCUCUGUUCGUAGUCACCGAAGCUCCUUCUUAACUGCAAGCGAGCGGGAUGUACGCGAAAGCCGCGGCCUACCCGCCCGGCGCGCUCUUUCUGGUGAAGACAUGGGUACUUCAGCCGAGAAACGACGCGGUUUGUUCGCUAGCACCGAUCGUCGUGCUCUUCAACAGCUCAGUCUGCCACCUCCUGAACGCAGGCUGACGAUCCUCAGCCCGCACAGUCCUAUGGCUGUGAUGACGGAACUCCAGUGGCCGGUCCCAUCCGGCAUUCGUGGUAGACGCAAGAAAGGAAUGGUGCUGCCGAAACUGAUUCUUCCACGCACCGAUUCUGAAGCAUCCGAGGUUUUUAUCGAAAGGUUGUUACAAUAUUAUUAUUAUUUACGAAUGUAGCUUUUAAAAUAAAUCUGAAACAUAUACAAUUUUAA